UUACUUGAAGCCGAUCUGCAAUUUAUUUCACGCAUAACCCGAUUGAAGCAUUUAAUUGGAAGUUAAUUGCAUCUGACGUUCUUAAUGCAAUGGAGCUGGAGCACUUUGAUGAACGCGACAAAGCACUACGGUAUAACCGUGGGGGCUCCAGGGCGAACGGGCUUCCUAGUCCCACGCACAGUGCACACUGUAGCCUUUACCGAACCAGAACACUUCAAGCACUGAGUUUAGAAAAAAAGGCAAAGAAGGUUCGUUUCUACCGUAACGGAGACCGAUACUUCAAAGGGGUUGUGUACGCGAUUUCUCAGGAUAGAUUCAGGUCCAUAGAUGCCCUGUUGGCGGACCUCACCCGGUCACUAUCCGACAAUGUCAAUUUGCCCCAAGGGGUUCGUAUCAUCUACUCGAUAGACGGGACAAAGAAGAUUACUAGUAUGGUCGAAUUUAUAGAAGGAGAAAGCUAUGUAUGUGGGUCCAUUGAGCCCUACAAGAUGCUGGAUUACACAAAAAAUGUUAACCCCAAUUGGUCUGUUGGGGCUAAGACAGCUGUGGGAGUCUGUGCUCCCGCCUUUUUGGGUAGUGCCAAAGUUGGAUCAUUAGAAGCCAGGGAGAGUAAAGACUUUAUUCGACCCAAACUGGUGACCAUUGUACGCAGUGGUGUGAAACCUCGUAGGGCUGUACGCAUUUUGCUCAACAAGAAGACGGCACACUCCUUUGACCAGGUCCUGACUGACAUCACAGAGGCAAUCAAGCUGGACUCUGGGGUUGUCAAGAGGUUGUACACUGUUGAUGGGAAACUGGUGACCUGCUUGCAGGAUUUCUUCGGAGAAGAUGAUAUAUUCAUUGCCUGUGGACCAGAGAAGUUCCGCUACCAGGAUGACUUCCUAUUGGAUGAAAGUGACUGCAGGGUGGUGAAGUCCACCUCAUACGGCCGUCUGUCCUCCCUGCAUGGCCGACGCUCCCCCAGAGGUGGGGAGCGCCGUCGGAGCAAGUCCCCAGCUUCCACCAGCUCUGCUAAUGGGACUGCUGGCAGUCAGCUGUCCACUCCUCGAUCAGGGAAGUCUCCCAGCCACUCCCCACCCAGCCCAAUCAGUCUCAGGAGACGACGGGGAUCCCAGCACAGUGGCUCCUCCCUCUCUCUGGCCUCCACCAAGGUGUGCAGCUCUAUGGAUGAGGCAGAUGGCGCUGGUAGUGAAGCUGAGCUGAUGGAGGAGAGCCCCCUAGUUCCUCCUUCCAUAACAGAGAGGUACAAAGUGGGCAGGACCAUAGGGGAUGGCAACUUUGCUGUGGUCCGUGAGUGUGUGGAGAGGGCUACAGGCAGAGAGUUUGCUCUGAAGAUCAUCAACAAAGAAAAAUGCAGAGGAAAGGAGCACAUGAUCCAGAAUGAGGUGUCUAUUCUACGACGUGUGAAACACCCCAAUAUUGUACUGCUGGUUGAGGAAAUGGACACCCACAGUGAGCUCUAUCUUAUUAUGGAGUUGGUUAAGGGGGGCGACCUCUUUGAUGCCAUCACUUCCUCCAGUAAGUACACAGAGCGAGACGCCAGUGGAAUGUUGUACAACCUGGUUAGUGCCAUCAAAUACUUGCACAACCUCAACAUUGUCCACAGAGACAUCAAGCCAGAGAACCUGCUGGUUUAUGAGCACCAAGAUGGAAGUAAGUCUCUGAAACUUGGAGACUUUGGCUUGGCCACCCUGGUGGAGGGGCCUCUUUUCAACAUUUGUGGGACUCCUACAUAUGUAGCACCAGAGAUAAUUGCUGAAAAAGGAUAUGGGAUGAAGAUUGACAUCUGGGCAGCUGGUGUCAUCACCUAUAUAUUGCUGUGUGGCUUUCCACCAUUUUGUGGCAGCACUGAGGAUCAAGAAGCUCUCUUUGAGGAGAUUCUCUUGGGUCAGCUAGAUUUCCCUGUACCACACUGGGACUAUGUUUCUGACACUGCUAAGGAGCUGAUUCAAGCAAUGCUGCAUGUGGAUGCGGAGAGAAGAUACACAGCAGUGCAGGUGCUGGAACAUCCCUGGGUCAAUGAUGAUGGUUGGGCAGGAAACGACCACCACCUGUCUGUAGCGGGGAAAAUCAAGAAACACUUCAACACUGGACCAAAAGCUAGUAGCACCACGGCCGGAGUUUCUGUUAUCACAACCACCGCCCUUGAUAAGGAGAGGCAGGUUUUCCAACGACGACCCCACCAGGAAGUGAUUACCAUCCCUCACACGCCGCACAGCAGCUUCACCAGUGCCAGCCCCGCCCACAAGGCCAGCCCCUCCUGUGGUACCAAAAUCUCCCCUAUUGUCAGUCCUGCCCACAGAGCUAGUCCCACCCUAUCCCCUGCUGAGUUCACUUCUGAAUCAGAGGAUUACUCUCCCAGUUCAGCUGAAACCAUUCGCUCACCAACCUCCCCCUUCUAGCCCACCAACCUCUCCCUAGUCCAUCAACCUCCCCCUUCUAUCCUCCCUUCUUCUCCCUUCUAUUCUCCUUCCAUCCCCCUUUUCGCUUCCCAUCCACCCUCUUCUAGCUUCUCACCCACCCUUUCCCAGCCCUUCAUCCUCCUCCUUCCAGCCCACCACAAUGUUGAAGCUAGAAGAGAAACAAUGUGUUUUUAAGCACAACAAUGAAGGUAUUACAGCACAUUCCUAUGGUCCAAGUAUUCUUUCAGGACCCCCACAUUACUUAUUUACUCACAGUUAUCCUUAGUCUUCAGACUUUGUUAUGGGUUCUGUGACAAGCUCUUUUGAAGUGACAACCCAGCCAUUGCAAAGCCUUAUUUCUGUACAGGGUUUUAGCUCACUGACGCCCUCUGUGGUGUAUACAUGGUAGAGACUUCUAAAACCACAGGAGUUGAUGCAGAAUUUAAAAAAUGAUUGAAAACAAUAUCUUGGAAGAGUGCAAUUCAAGCGGCAUGUGCAGAUCAAAAAUCUUCCAGGUUACUUGGUGGUACUUCAGAAACUCAGCAAAAGCAAAUGAGCAAUUUUUGUAUUUUCAUGUGAAUGUAAGUAUUUAGUCCUACCAACAUUUUAACUAACUCACAGCACAAUUAACAACACCAGGGUAAUUCAAAUAUUUUAGUAUGGUUUGAAUGUGCUUUUGUCCUUUACUGGUACUUGUGUAGACACCCUACACAGUUAACAGAGGCAUCCUUAUGCUACCCAGACAUGCUGCUAUACUAUGUCAGUAUUUGACUGCUGUACCAAUGAUAUAAUACACGUUUGCUAAAUAUGUCCUGAAUGGAGGAAACUGUACUCCUUGUUUUGAACAGUUGGUAGUGGUUCAGUUGAAUGUCUUUAGUGGUGGUGCAGCUACACAUAGCUGCCCAGGCACAUGUGGGUUAAGUGCAAUUAGGUGUGAUGUCCAGAAAGCACACUGACAAACUGGCAUGCCAUUGGAAGCAGAACAUACAGUAGACACAGAACAGAACUGUUAAUCAUCAACAAACUCUACAUUAAGAAUGUAUACAGUAAUUACUGGUCACUGGAUUGCAGUUUAAAUAUAUGUAUUAUAUCUGAUGGAAUAGGUCUCUGAUCUGAAGUAAUAGCACAUGGGUGCUUUUGUGUUCUGAAUUGGCCAUUAUGGUUGGUAGCAGUAAUACACAGAUGAAUGUUGGUUUAUUUAUUAGCAGCUAGGUUGUGAUUGAUUGUACUAAACUUUAUUGAUUUAUAUUUAUUGCUGAACAUGGCAAAUGAAUAUGAGUGUUUUUUGCCUGGCCGACCCAUUGUUGUUAUAAGGGAACAAUUGAGAAGUUCCAGCGUGCUUCCAGUACUUCAACUCUCUAGUUAUUUGAGAUGAUUGACAAACGUCCCUGACCUUUAUAGUCCAGUCAUGUCUUCUAAAAAGCUGCUUUAUUGGUCAUACAUCUACUAAUCAAAAAUGAAUUUUGUCCAAUCUAUCCGAAGGUUUGAAUGUCGUAAUAUAACCUGCAUGUGUACUAUACUGUUUGCUAUGGUCCUCUACAGUCCUACUACAGCUGUAUAUAACUGUCACCCCUGUUUUAUGGUGUUCAUGUAUUCAUUAUUAUUGCAGUUUAAGUACUUUUCCUUUUUACUUACUACAGCCAAAGUAAGCUGCAAAUAUGUAUUUUAAAGAUACCUCAUCACUCAACAGGUCCCUUCUUACAGUGGUCACAGGCAGAUAAGUCCUGACCUUUGUAAUUAUGGUACAGUAAGUUUACAGUUUGAGGUGUGUCCCAAAUAAGCACAAGUAAAGCAUAUCAUUAUUAUGCUGUGUGACGUUUGCUGGCAGAACUUUUAUUUCUUUUUAACCAAAACAGGGUUCCUGCAGGUUUCAGUCAGUCAAAUUUAAGACCUUUUGAAUACAUUUUAAGACCAUAAAGAUAGAAAUUUAAGACCUACACGAUGCAUGAACAAAAAAAUAUUUAAAUCAAAGAAAUUCUGAAAGUAUUUUUAUUUUAAUGAAUUCAGUCAUUGAAAAAGCAUUAAUUUAAUUUACAGAUAAAGCGAUCAUUUCCGUAACCUAAUGUACUAUUUUUGGGGGGCAAAGUUUGCAGCAAGCCUCGUACCUGAAGCUGGGUACCGCUUGUGACCAACAGUGAAAAUCGCUGUAAUCUAGCCAUGUUUCGUUGAAAGUAUACUUUCCCAUUUUCCACACGCAACCGAACUUUAACAAACUCUGAGGAGACGCAGACGUAUUUCGCGGGCAUUUAUCACGGGAUUUGUACUUUUAUCACCUCGUACGUACCAACACCAGUAUCCCUCAGAAAGAACUACAACACACCGAACCAAUGUUCUGAGGGCAGCGUAGCAAAGAGCAAAGACUCACACCAGCCCUGCUCCUGGGCUGACCCUAAAAGGGGGACAACAAGGGCUUAAUCCACAACGACCUGGGCAAAUCCAGCAAAAAGCGUAGUGCCAAACACAUCCGUGGGCCCAGAUUCUUGUAACCGCAGCGCACUCCCCAACUGUCCAGAUCUCCUCUCCCAACUGUCUUUCCAGGUACCCAACUGUCCCACCAGGAAAGGCUCAACCAAGAGUCUAAAAAUAAAUUGAACUUUUAUCAGUUUUAUUUAUAAGUCGAAGAGCAAAAAUUGAGCUGUAAGAAGAUCCUUCUGUCAGAUUUGAACACAAGACCCCUCACACGGUAGCCCACAUCCUUAACCACUGAGCUAUCAGGGAACAUAACAAUGUCCAUUCAACAUUUAAAUUUGACAUUUAACUAUCUAGUUGUAACAACCUGCAGAGUUGGGGUGUCAGAAAACCAGAAGAAAGCAGGGCUCCCCUGUUAACGCUCUGGGUUAGUGUGCAUGCUCUGAAAGCUGGGGCAGUAACGCAACAGUCGGAGUUCAAAUCCACCCUUCACCCUUUUCUGUAUCUGUCUUCCUGCCUCUCCAUUCUUUACCCUUCACACUUCAAAUAACUGUCCAAUACAGCAUGUCAAACACAAUCCACAACUCAAUAAACACACAACAACUUGUCUUUUAAAACUUUUAGACCUGUCUAAAUGAAAUUUAAGACCUCAGAUGAAAAUCUGGCAGUUUUAAAGUCAGCUCAGAAUUUUUGACUUUUUAAGACCCCACGGGAACCCUGUCAAAUGAUUUGACAAAAAAUGAUUGUCUGCUGCACAAUUUGACUCAUGUCCUACAGGGAAACAUCUGCGGUGAACAAUGUUAUUACUAUAAGACAUGAACUAUGUGCAAUUAUCCUAUGUCCUACAGUAUAUACUGUAUAUUUCAAGUUCACAUUGUUAAUCAAUGACUGAAUGCUAGCACUUUUGUUAUUCAAUCAUGUAAAAUUACCACAGUUAUAGCAGUCAAAUAUAAUGUCUAGUAAUUCAUGAGUCUUGUAAUUUAAGUCAGAGUUUUCACUGCUUGAACAAAACAGUCAGUAGAUGGCAGUGUAAACUAAUAUAAUAUUCAGGAUGCAGGACUAAAGAAGAGCAUCCAAAAGGUAGCCAGCUUCCAUCAUUUUAUUAUAAAUACAAGAAAAAGAAAAAUUAUUUUAUUUUACAUUUAUCAAGUUUAUAUAUUGGCAUAAGUUAAUGUUUAUAAGCUCCAAACAAAUGGCUCAAAGUAAAUCAUCUUCAAUUGCAUUACUGUAUAUGCAAAACAAAUGAAGAGUCAAUUGUUAACUUAUAAAAUCAUACAGAAGUAUUUGUCAACAAAAUAUAUUACAAAUUAUUAAAAUGUGUCGCCAAAUGUCCACUUAAAUCGUUAGGAAAAUUAUUUCUGUCAGACUCUAAAAUAACCUUAUCUCAAAUCUCAUAUUGCACAUUAGUUUGCAAAAAGAUGAACAGUCCACCUAUAUAGUAGGCUUAAUGCUGUAGUUCCUUGAUUGCAGUUAUGGCCCCACAGCUAUGUCCCCAGAUACAGCUAUACCAACCCACCAAGACAUGAACAUGUAGUCCAGAAAUGGUUGCAUAUUUUCUUUUUUUAAUUAUUUAUACUAUUUGCCUUUUUCUCUACUUUUGAACAAAUCCUACUGUAAUAUUUCCUGUAUCCGCAAGAGGUCAGUAUUCCUACAGUGUAACCUGUUCAUCUUAAGGGUUAAGCCUUACAAAACUCAUGAUAUAGCUUGUUCUUACCAUUGGGUAGAUUUAGUGUUACAUUGGUCUCACGAGUCCAUAGGCUACUCCAGAUACAAACUGAUGUAUAUAGUAUUUAGUUCUAAAACUGGGUAUAUGAACUGAUAUUGUUAGGUCACAUGAUAUUUAAUGAAGUUUCUGGUGCAUGGUUCUAACAGAGCCUUCUGUGAAGUACAAACAAAUGCAUUUUCAGUUCAUAUAAUCUGGAUCUGUUGUUAAAAUGAUUUAAACAAGAAUGUGAUCAUACAAUUAAAAGAAAUCAAUGAAUUGAAAGCAAAA